GAUGAAUGGGCAACAUAUGCAUUUAAGCGUAAACUGCUUUAAUAUGUAUGGGGGUUACUCAUAUGAGUGCAAGGUUCCUCAAGAAAAGAAAUAUAGUUUAGUGUAUUCAGAGGAACGUGAGUAGAUGUUUAAAACUGUAAGGAUGGGAAGUUAUGCUAUUGGAAAUGAUAAUGAUGGAGUGUGUAAAGAAAAGAGAUCUAAAAGCUGGACACUCAUAACUUCAAAAACAGAAUCGACUAAAAGAGCUGACUUCAUAAACAAUUUUUCUGAACCACCUUCCCUGCAGCGUAUUGCAGUAGUGUCGAUUGCAAUUGGGCUAUGGACGGCGCCUGAUAUAAGGAAUGAAAUGGCGUCUUCCUUCUUAUACGAUAUCGAUAAGUUAGAGGGAAGAAUAUUGGACAAAUUGUCCAAUAGCUGUUUGCCCUCAUCGCUGAUGACCAAAAUCUCAUACGUUAUUCGACCCAUUAUGUUGCAGUUGUCGAAAGCGCUUCGUAGUUACGAUGAAUGGACAGGAUAUCAAAGAAAUCUCAGGGAGUAUUACAUAAAACAUGGUACAAUUUAUUGGACAGUUGAGGGGACAGUUGACAUAGUGAAAUCCCUUACGGAACUAUUCGAUAAUGGAACCUUAGGAAGCUUAGAUAUUUGCUAUUUGUAUGAGAUAGCCUGCUCUCACUGUUUAGGGGAAUAUGCUUCAAUUUUGUGGGAGAAAAUUCCAGAGCAAUUUAGAAACCGAUUUAGAAUCAUUCGGGUAACAGAUAUAUACAAUCAUGAUUUGAUGUUAUAUUGGACAUGUGUCAUCGAGAAUAAUUUAGGGAGUUUUCUAACUAGACUCACAGAUCAUGAAAACAUAUACGAUGAUAAGCUUAGUAUUGAUGUAAAUAUGAUUGCUUAUUCGAUUCAAUUUGUUAACAUAGUUGCCCUAAAGUAUUUUUGGAAAAAAUUGUCGGAGCAGGAGAAAAACGAUCAUUUGAGUAAGUGGCUUUUGCAAGUUGCUGAAUUCAUGGAAUUUGUAGAAGUUUCAUCUUAUCAGGGUUCUUCAGAAACUUUAGAUGUUUUAUGUUUUUUACUAUCUCAUGUCAAUCGUAGAACUCAAAUGACCGAAUUUUUUCGGAAUCAUUCUCACGUAUUAGUGUUUUUGUUCGAAAGUUGGCCAUAUCAAAGAAUAUUCUUGUCCACUAUUUUUGAACUAUUGGAUAAUCUUCAAGAAGACAUUUAUCCAUGCAUAAUGCUAAAUAUAGGUUCUAACAUGAGUAAAAGGGGAAAUGAAAUGAUAAUGUUUGAAGAAAUAUGGAGUGCCAGUCCUUUAAGGCUAAGACGAUCACUUCUAAAAAAUGAAUUUCAUUGCAAGGAAGUGUUGUUCUAUUUGCUGGAAUUAGAAAAUCUGAGCAUGGCUGUUACGAUAUUAAAUGAUGCUUCCGAAGAAGAGAUUACACUAUUUACCUGCUUUAUGUUUGGUCUGCCUGAAUUUAAGCAUGCUAUUUACUCAAGCAAUCUGCAUUCACUCCACAUGUUAUUAUCAAAAUCUACAUUGCCACCAGAAUGUUAUCCAUAUAAAAGCAAACUUCUAGAGCAAGGAACGCAAGAUAGACCGAUAAUAUCGUGGCUUAUUAGACUUAGACAUUGGCACAUUUGUAUUGAGUGGAUAUGGGAUGGCAAUAUCCAAGCAGUUGAAUCUUUCUUGAGAUGGGCUUAUCAAUCUGUACGAAUUGGAACAUUUAAGACAACAAUAUCAUCUCCGUAUGCUAUCUACUUGACAUUAAUAUUUUUGUCCAAUUAUGAGCGUGUGGACCAGUUCCUGAAUUGGUAUUUCGAGACGAGACAGGAAAUUCACCAUUUUAAAGCAAACUUUUUGAAAAAAUGGGAUAAUUAUUUUUUCAAGCGCUUCAUAGACAUGCCGUUCAUUGUCUCAAAAAGAGAAGACGAUGUGUUGCAAAAAUUCAUAAACUACAACUUGUCUUCUCUCGAAAACAUUGCAGAAUUUCGACUUAUUUGUCGUAGAUGUAUAGAGUACGCACUGAGUAAAGGUUUUCUUGAAAGUGCCACCUUGCUUUUGAAUGUAUCUUUUGAUAAUAUCAAUGAAACGAAGAGAUACAAAAACGAAAUUAUACAAUCUGAGGAAAGAAUCAAAAAGUUUCUGCUCCUGAAGCAAUCACUUACUGAUGAUGACUGGAAUCAUGUGAAAGAAAUUGUAAUGUGGUCGUCGCCUCUAACCUUAAAUACAGUCACAAAAUUAAAGUCACUGAUUCUGGAACAAAAGACUAAUCACUCUUUCCAAGAUGAAUUGAAUCCACAAAUUUCAGCUCUCCUUGAUUUACUGGAGAAUGCUGUUGAGAAAGAUGAUAGUUAAACAUUUUUUUUACGAUCAAAUACGAAUGCAAAUAAAAUCAUAUUCUCCGUCAAAUGACGAAUCAUGUUCACAGCUCAAUCACUGUCAAACGAUUAAUUGUCUUACAAUAAAUAGGUGACUCCA